GUUAAUUCUUUCUGCAAAUAUAAAACUUUACGGUGACCCACGUUGACCUUAUUGCAAAUGCCUUAGUCACUAUUUUAAAUAACGCUGUUCUGUAAAGUUGUGGAAACUUUCGAAUUUAUUGUCGAAAAUAACUUUGACAGAGCAGCACUCAAAUUGAUGCUGAUUAAGUUUCACAUUUAAUUCUGAAGUGUAGAUUCUAAUUAUUCAACGUUUAAUGAUGGUUAAUAUUUCGGAUCGUAAAAUGGGUGCAGAUACUGGGAAAUGUAACGAGGGUUUUUCAGGUGACAUUUGCGAGACUGAUCUCAAAAUUAUACAAAAUGGCAGCACAAAUGAAGUACAAAGCGGCGAAAACCAAGACGAUAUCGUAAUGGAAGAAGUAAAAGAACGACCCCUGAUCUAUAACAUAAGUGAAAAUCCACCAUUUUAUCUAACUAUAAUGUUUGCUUUUCAACAAGCAUUAAUGUCAAUAUCUGCAUCCAUGUCCGUGUCGUUAACGGUAGCAGAAGUUGUCUGUGCCAGGGAUGACGCAGAAAUUAAAUCUCAGCUUCUCAGUACAGCCUUCAUGAUGUCUGGUAUAUCAACCAUGUUAAUGUGCACAGUUGGAGUCAGAUUACCAAUAUUCCAAGGUCCAAGCGGAGCGUACGUAGUACCACUUCUAGUUUUGAUGGCUAUGAAAGAAUGGAGCUGCCCUGCAAGAGAAGAAUUGGUGGCUUUAUAUUCUAAUUCGUCCAUCAACAUGACAGAAGUAAAUGGUCGACUCCCUGUCCCUAAAGAGUUCAUCCUUGGUCAGAUUGAAAAAUUACAGGGAAGCCUAAUGGUAGCCGGUGCCAUUCACAUUUUGAUUGGUCUAACUGGAUUCGUAGGCGUGGUCGCCAGAUACGUUGGACCAAUCACCAUCGUCCCUGCGCUGCUGAUGAUUGUGCUAUAUGUUCACAAAGUGAUAGUGAAUUUUGCUGAAACUUUUUGGGGUUCCGCUUUGUCGACAACGGCAUGUGGUCUCAUUUUAGCAUUGUAUCUACGAGGGAAAAUGACGCCGAUUCCAUUCUGGACUAGGGAAAGAGGUUUCCACAUCUUCUGGUAUCCAUUACAUCAAAUGUUUUCGAUAUUGAUAUCAGUAAUAUUUGGAUGGAUUUUAAGCGCCAUAUUUACCAGUACGGAAAUAUUAUCCAGUGAUCCAACCAGUAUCCAGUUUUAUGCCAGAACUGAUGCCACGAAUGAUAUUAUUACAACUAAUCCAUGGUUUUAUUUUCCAUAUCCAGGUCAAUUCGGAAGCUCCAGAUUUGACACGGCUACAUUUGUUGGUGCAUUUGUAGCCACAAUUGUGUCAGUGAUAGAUUCAGUUUGUGAUUACAGAGCAUGUGCUAGGGUGUGCUACGUUCCUCCCCCACCAGCGCAUGCCAUGAAUCGUGGAAUAUUUUGGGAAGGUUUGAUGAGUUUUUUUGCUGGUAUGACUGGAGCUGGGCAUGCAACUAGUUCCUAUGGUGGCAAUAUUGCUGCUAUUGGAAUUACUAAGGUUGCUAGCAGGCGAGUCUUUCAACUCUUGGGUUUCCUACAUAUAUUAUUUGCUAUAUUAGGAAAACUGAAUGCUGCGAUUAUCACCAUACCUUACAGUGUAUUGGGAGGCACCAUGAUCUUAUAUUUUGGUGUUUUCUUUGGAAUCAUUCUGUCCCAGUUGCAGUUUGUAUAUAUGAACAGUACCAGGAAUCUAGCUAUUCUUGGUAUAAGUAUUUUGGUAGGUUUCAUGGCACCAAAUUGGACUGACAAAAAUCCGGAUGGUAUUAAAACAGGUGUGGCAGAGUUGGAUACGGUUAUAACCAUGUUAUUAGCAAAUGGUAUAUUUGUCGCUGGGGCACUGGCUUGUUUCCUGGAUAAUACCGUCAAAGGCACAAGAGAGUCACGUGGAUUAACAUUCCAGCUUGGAGGUGCAGAAUCGAAUAAAACUGACAAAAAUAUAGAAUAUGAAGAAGGAAUAGAAAUUUAUGACGUGCCAUGGAUUCCUGAUGUCGUAAAAAAGUCUAGAUUUACUAAAUAUUGUCCUCUAUUGCCUACAUAUGAAGGAUUGGAAACAAACGCCAACAAAGACGAGAUACAGAAAGGAAAUGCAUAGAAGACAUUUUAAAUCACAAGGUUGCGGUGGGAAUUCUAUAGAAACUAAUGUAAAUUCAGUAUCUUACUUUAGUACUGAUGGAUUUAAAUAAAUAUGGGCACUA